UAAUUGGUGAUUACACGACAGCAGUGUCCAUCGUUAAGUCUCUGAUUUCUUAUUCUCUUGUUCUCACCAACAGUGUCUGCCUAAUUCUUUCUAGCAAGCAAAAACCAUUCAUCCACUCCACUCAGAGCACAAACAAAACAAUGGACGUAACUAUUCUUGCCGAUGCCAUAUCCGACAUCCUAGGACGCACUGGCUCCUCCCUUGCACUCCCAAAGGAGAAUGUUAAAGAGUUUGAAGAUGUUCUCAGAAAGAUCAAUGACGUGGUUCACAAGGCCAAGCAGAACAACUCCCUAGACCCCAAAGUUCUGCUUUGGUUGAAAAAGGUCAAGGACAAGGUCAACGACUUGAACGAUUUGAUGGAUGAUCUCCCUCACAAGCAGGGAAACGCUGCCAUAAUAUCGCUCAUCAAAACUGGCCAAAGCAUGGUGCAUCGUCACAAAGUCACACAACAACUCAAGAAAGCUACUGGGCUGCUCAAAAGCUUCGCAACGGAGGGAGAAAAAUUGUCCUUCACCCAAGAAGCAAAGAAGAACGAGAGAAAGCUGAAAGAUAUAAGCGGGGACAAAUUUGUAGCGGUUGGCAGAGAAAAUGCUAAGAAGGAGAUUGUAGAUCAACUCAAGCUGUUUGUGAAAAACAGUGGAAACGGUGCUGUUUCUUUUCCUGUGGUUACCAUUGUUGGGGUCGCGGGAAUAGGGAAGACUAAACUUGCUCGUCUCGUUUGUGAGGACGAGGAAGUCAAAGCCCUUUUUGGGUCACCAACUUGGGUUCAGGGAAACCAUGAAACCUUCGACGUGGAAUCCGUCGCAACAUGCGUCACUAAAAUAGUUGACCAGGGAAAUCGCUUCCUUCUUGUGGUGGAUGGUUUGAAAGAUGAGGAAAGUCUCCAGAAGUUGCAGCGCAAAUUAGCGUGUGUUAGUGGGGUGGUACUCGUAACUACACGCAACAAUUUUGUUGCCAACAACAUUGCUGUCAGUGGUGCGGUUAAACCAUAUGCUUUGCAAGGGCUUAACCAAGACGAGUCAUGGUUACUGUUUCAGCAAAUUCGUGGACAAGGUUCAAGCAACAUCAAAGAAGAUGUAGAACGGCAGAUAGUGUGGGAAUAUUGUGGUGGAGUCCCUAUGAAGAUAGCAACUGCAGCAAAGUUGAUAAAAUGUAGUGAAUCAUCAUUUUUCAGAGAUAAGUUGGAGGAGGAGUUUCUACAAGAGCUGAAGUUUACCUAUUACCACCAACUUUCCAUGCAUCAGAAGCUGUGCUUUGUUUAUUGUUCAUUGUUUCCUCAAGACCAUGUGAUAGAGGCUGAGAAAUUAAUUCAUCUCUGGAUGGCGGAAGGGUUUCUUUCUCGGAACCUUUGUUCCGAUCCGCAAGAGUUUGGCUGGGCGUGUUUCAACGACUUUGUUCCUUUCGUUUUCGAGGAGACGGGGAGAGACGAAUUUGGUGUUGUGAAGAGCUACAAGAUGAACCGUUUAAUGCAUGAACUGGCGAGGAUUGUUGCAUGGGACGAGAAUAUCGUAGUGGAUUCAGAUGGGAAAAGAGUUCACGAGGGAGUGGUGCGAGCUUCCUUUGAUUUUGCGUUGGAUGUUCAGAGCGGAAUUCCUGAGGCUUUGUUCGAGAAAGCGAAGAAACUGAGGACUAUUCUUUUGCUGGGAAAAACAAACAAAUCUCGGCUUCCACAUGAGGUGAAGAUGGCCACGUCAACUUGCGAUAAAAUCUUUGACACGUUCAAGUGUUUUCGCGUGUUGGAUCUCCAUGAUUUGGGGAUUAAGAUGGUACCGAGCUCUAUUGGGGAACUGAAGCACUUAAGGUAUCUCGAUCUUUCCCAUAAUAACAUAGAGAAGCUUCCUAGUUCAAUCACCAAGCUUGUCCACUUGCAAACGUUGAAACUUUCUCAAUGUCAUGUUCUCAAAGAGUUGCCGAAGGACUUGGAGGAUCUAAGUUGCCUCAUGCAUCUGUACUUGGAGGGGUGCCUUGAUCUCACUCACAUGCCACGAGGGAUAGGCAAGCUGAGUUCUCUACAAACAUUGUCACUUUUUGUGCCUAGCAAGAACCACCACAUGGGAGGCCUUAAGGAUCUCAAUAAGCUCCGAGGGAACUUGGAAAUUUUGCAUCUGGAGCAGUUGAAGUUAUCUGCCUCGAACGCUACAGAUAAGUAUGUGAGAGAUAAAAAACACCUUGAUUGUUUGACUUUAAGAUGGGAUCACGAGGAGGAAGAGGAGGAAGAAAAAGAGAAGGAGAAAGGCAAUGUUGUUGUUGAUGACAAAGACAAGAAGUCACUGGAUUCUCUUGAGCCAAAUCAAAGUCUGAGAGUGUUAUGUGUUGUGGGGUACUACGGUAACAGGUUUUCAGAUUGGCUUUCUUCAAUGCAAUGCCUUGUUAAGUUUAGCUUGAAUGAUUGUCCCAAAUGCGUAUUUAUCCCACCACUUGAUCACCUCCCACUCCUUAGGGUUCUUGAACUAAGAAGGUUGGACUCUCUUGAAUUCAUUAGUGCUGAUGCUGAAGGCUCCUCUUCCUCUACAUUUUUUCCAUCAUUGAAGGAACUUACAAUCUCUGAUUGCCCUAACCUCAAAAGCUGGUGGGAAACUCCAAAGCGGGAAGACGAUAGACCAUUCUUUAAUUGCAUUUCUAAACUGCAUGUUCAAUGCUGCCCUAAUCUGCAUUGCAUGCCUUUGUAUCCUUUUCUUGAUGAAGAGUUGGUGCUUGUGGAUUCCAGCGUAAGGUCAAUGAGGGAUACAGUGCAUGCUAAAACUUCAUCAGAAGACUUCAUUCCUUUGUCAAAAUUGAAGUCCAUGCUAAUUGCGCGCAUUACAGAAACUCCACCACCGAGAUGGCUUAAAAGCUUCAUCUCCCUUGAGAACCUUCAAAUUCGAGAUUGCCAUAAGUUAAAGUGUCUACCCGAAGGUUUCAAGUCUUUGAGCUCACUCCAGAGUCUUACCAUUGAGAGAUGCCCGGAACUUGAUCUUGACAAAUCCAAGACUGAAUGGGAGGGUCUGAAGCACCUUCGUGUUCUGACGAUAAAGGAAAUUCCAAAACUCAAUUCUCUUCCAUGGGGUCUUGAGGAUGUUACCUCUUUGCAAGAGCUCGGGCUUUAUGAAUGCUCUUACUUGAGUUUUCUGCCACAGAGCAUAGCCAAGCUCACUUCCCUUCGCAAGCUAGUGAUUUCUAAUUGCAAAAGCUUGGAUUCACUGCCCAAAGAACUAGAAAUGCUCAAGUAUUUAAAUACCUUGAUCAUCACGGAUUGUCCCCGGUUAAUGCCAAGGUGUCAGCCUGAAACGGGUGAUGAUUGGCCACAAAUUGAACGUAUAGAAAAUAUCGUGCUGAAGCAAAGUUCUCAAGACUUGAGGGACUUGUGGAGUCAUGGAAGGACUGGUUUAGGCAAAGAUUUCUACUUUUGAAAAGCAAAGAGUGGUUUACAAGAGAUCCCUUCUUAAGAGAAGUAUCUAACAAUGCAUAUGCUCACUCACAAUUCACAGUUCUUUCUAAUUCAGCUUUGGUUUUAAAUUUGAAGAACAGAACCAUGGAGGGAAAACAUAAUGGAGAACCAAUACUCAAUUCUAUUGUCGUUAUGAAACUGUAGUCCUUUUUAAAAUGACUUAUAUAUUUCCGUCUUUGGAAUUUUUUUUAUUAUAUGAAAAAAUUAUGUAUUCUU